AUGGCUCCACCCAAGGCUAGAGGAGCCACUCGGAGCAGCAACGCAAGGAUUCUUCUCUUUUCCUUUCUUCUCGCUCUCCAAUACGGCGCUCAACCUUUGAUUUCCAAACGCUUCAUCAGCCGUGAAGUUAUUGUUACUUCAUCCGUUUUGGCAUGCGAGGCUGCAAAGGUUAUAUUUGCCUUGUACUUCAUGACAAAAGAAGGUAGUCUGGGAAGAAUGUAUAAAGAAUGGACUUUGGUUGGUGCAUUGACUGCAUCAGCACUUCCUGCGGCUAUAUAUGCACUGCAAAAUAGUUUGUUGCAAGUUUCUUACAAGAAUCUUGAUUCACUCACAUUCUCAAUUCUGAAUCAGACAAAAAUAUUUUUCACUGCAUUAUUUACAUAUUUCAUGUUGAGGCAAAAACAAACAAUUCAACAAAUUGGAGCCUUGUUCUUGUUAUUAGCCGCAGCAGUUUUACUAAGUGUUGGUGAAGGCUCUAACAAAAGUUCUACUAGUGCUAAUGCUGAUCAAGUUUUAUUCUAUGGAAUAGUUCCUGUAUUAAUUGCUUCAGUGCUUUCUGGACUAGCUUCUUCCCUGUGCCAAUGGGCUUCUCAGGUUAAGAAACACUCAUCAUACCUAAUGACUGUAGAAAUGUCUAUUGUUGGAAGUAUAUGUUUGCUUGCCAGUACCUUGAAAUCUCCAGAUGGGGAAGCUAUCAGACGUCAUGGAUUUUUUCAUGGUUGGACUGCUCUAACUUGGAUCCCAGUAAUUUUGAAUGCCCUUGGUGGAAUUCUUGUUGGUUUAGUUACAAGCCAUGCUGGUGGUGUUCGAAAGGGAUUUGUCAUCGUCUCAGCUUUACUCGUUACAGCAUUACUACAGUUCAUUUUUGAAGGAAAACCACCUUCAUUAUAUUGCCUUGUGGCUCUUCCACUUGUGGUCUGUAGCAUUUCAAUAUAUCAGAAAUACCCCUACCAGGUUAAGAAGAAGGAAUCAUAA